GUAGCACAACCAACACAUUCUUCGCCGCCACUACAGUUCCACGGACCACAAUAGCGAAAGCUAAGUCUCAAUCAAAUAUCUGUGAAUCCGAACUUAUAUCACUUGCCAGAGCUAACAAUUAUUCAAUGUCAAAUGAAAUCACAUGCUGUGUAUUUGUUAGACAUCAAGCUGCUUAGUGACUACCUGAUAGACCUUUUAUUUUAGAAUUUAAGUUUUUCUACUUAAGUAAUUCUGCGGCGGAUUGCAUACCUAAAGCUGGAAGAGCCUGAAACAAUAAAUCUGACGAUACUUUUUCGUGGACACGUCUCGCUUUCUUAAAUCCACCUCUCUACUAGCAUAAUGGGUGCACAUGAUUAUUCUGGCCUUGAGGCCGACUUCCUCAAAUUAAAGGAAAUCCAAGGUCUUCAGCUGGGUACCAAAGAAAGGAACAAAAAGAUCGUCGAGAGAUGUAACUGGUACAUGUUCUGCGCUUCAGAUAUCAGAGGGAAGGACUAUGAAGACCCCCACGAGUUUAUUCUUCACUGCUAUCAAAAUGUCCAGGCAAAUUGCCCCCCUAAGCAGAUGAAACCAAAUACUAAGAUUAACGAAAGUCUUGCAAAAGCUUUCAUUUCCAAGUAUCAUAAACCAUAUGAGGAGGGCACCCGGAAAUACACUGAGAGCCGCGAUGAUGUAGAAGUAGAGGAUAUACAGAAAACUCUUACCGAUGCUUGGGAAAGGUGGAAGUGCGACAAAAACACCAGGGCUCAUGAAUUCAAACAGGCUAUAGACAGCAUACCCAAUCCAGAGAAAAUUAAAAGGGUAGUUUGUUUAGGGCUGGGUCGUAUACUUAUGCCAAACUUUGGCUCUCAUCAACAGUCUCCGGAGAAAGAUUCUGGCAAUAAUACACAGAGGCCGCGUAAUAUCAUCAUGCCGCGAAAUAUCGCUCAACAUAUUGCCGCCGUUUCGCUAGUUAAGCAAUUGGAGAAGAAAACGAACAAGGAGAUCCCUCUCUAUACCGCAGAUCCCGAAUAUGGAGACGAACACAAGAAAGCUCUCGAGACGUUACCUUUUGGUAAGUUUCUCGUUCUCGAUCCAGGAUACGGUGUACACCAGCAAUUUACGUAUAUCGAUGACAACACCCUGGUUUUCGAUAUGGCUGGACCGCCCCAAUGUCCUACAAUGAGAAUAAUCCAAGAGUUUGCUCGACCGGUCGCGAUUAUCACCGGGGAGAUUCCUCGCAGAGGAAAGUUUGAGGAUAGGCUCUGGUUUGAGGUCAAAGCAGAGAACGGCAAGGAAGUACAAAUACCGGGGUGCGCCCACUUACCACUCCCUGAUGGUUGUUUUCGAUUUGGCGGACUGUGCCCGAGGCGGGUCAGAGACAUGAUCGUCUACGAAUACAAACAAGAGAACAAGUUUCCUGCGGAAAAGGAGGCAUCUGCGCGGAAAUGGGGUGCGUGCGAUUUAGUGGACUACGGCCGUCGGGAAAAACUAGACGCCCAAGUCGGCGCGUACUGGCAUACCGAUACUCGUUUGUACGUGCGCAGAUCUCGUCCAUCAUACUUUUUGAGAUUUCUCGAGUGGUGUAGCGGCCUGCUACUGACAUACUGAGGUCUACAGUAUACUAUAGCGUCGCUUCUGAAAACACUUUAUAGGUGGUUUAGUCGGUUUAGUCAGUUUAUUUAGUUAAUAUUAUUGCCGCGUUGCUUUUAG